AUGCCACCGCGCAAAUCAACCUCCUCUGUGACGCCUGCCGGGACGGACGAGGUAUCGCAAUUAUCUCCGUCAGUCCAAGGGACCGCCGACAAGCCCAUCACUGCGACGGAGCAACAGAUCAAGGCACGAGCAGAACAAGGUGUCAGCGUCGAAGAUUAUCUCCUCCCACGCUCGCUGACCAUUCGACUUGCCAAAUCAGUCUUGCCACCCAAUACGACAAUCCAGAAGGAUGCAGUCCUGGCAAUUCAAAAGGCCGCCACUGUCUUCAUCUCCUACCUCGCGUCGCAUGCCAACGACGCAACUCUCAAGCGCACCGUCGCCCCGGCAGACGUCUUCAAUGCCCUAUCCGAACUAGAACUCGACGCGUUCCGUCCCCGUCUGGAGAAGGAGCUAGAAGCCUUUACCGAAAUCAAAGCGGGCAAGCGCAAGGUCAAGAAGACCGAUGUCAAUGGCAACACCACUGCUGCGGAGAAAUCAACGGGGGCUGGUGAGGACGACGAUGUUGAAAUGCUGGAUAAACCCGCGAAGCGCGUAAAGCGAGACAAACAACAGAGCCGGUCAGCGGCAAAGCUUGAGACCGAGGCCGGCGGCGAAGAAACGCAAGGGGAAGAGGAGGAGGCGGAGGAGGACGAGGAGAACAACGAGGAAGAGGCCGAUGAAGAAGAUGGCGAGGACGAGCAGGAUGAGGAAGAAGAAGAGGAGGAGGAUGAAGAUGAGGAGGAGGAUGACGACGAUGCACGGAGGGCAGACGACGAUCUUGAUCGAGUGGAGGAUUUGGAUGGGUCAAGCAGACACAUGGACCCCGACGCUGACGAGACGGAUGAUGAAGGGCCUGCGAGUCAAUUGCGAGAUGGUCUGGAACUCGGCUAA